AUGGCUUCGAAGGGAGCCGUUUUGCCUCUUCUGAGGCGCGAAAUGCGACCCUCUUUCUCGCGUCUGACGAGAGCUUCCGCCUCUUUUACCUCGCUCAGCAACCCGGCACGGAUCUCCAAUAGCUCCCUGGCAGCAUCGGGCAGGAGGACUGUCCGCCGCACAUCACUCUUCCCCCCAAUCCAGACCCGGGCGUUUUCGCAGUCACUAUCAAGAAAAUUGACGGACGAGCAUGGAAAUUUUGAUCCUCGACAGUUGGACCGAGAGUCGGAUGAGGUCGAUGUCUGUAUUGUCGGUGGUGGCCCUGCUGGUCUGGCGGCUGCCAUCCGACUGAAGCAGCUGGCCAACGAAGCUGGCAAUGAGGAGUUCCGUGUCGUUGUGCUAGAAAAGGCCGCCGAACUGGGUGCACAUGUCCUUUCUGGUAACGUUCUAGAACCGAGCGCGAUGAACGAGCUGUUUCCGGAUUGGCUGUCGGAGGACAACCCCUCACGGUUCGAGAAUGUGACCCCUGCGAAGGAGGAUAAGAUGCGCUUUUUGACUCAGAACUCGUCGAUUCCGAUCCCCGCCCCGCCACAAAUGAACAACCACGGCAACUACAUCAUUAGCUUGAAUGAGCUGACGAAAUGGAUGGGCGAGAGAGCCGAGGAAUUGGGCGUCGAAGUCUACCCGGGUUUCGCAGCCAGUGAACUAGUUUACAAGAAGUCCGAUGGCUCGGUUCUUGGUGUGGCCACUAAUGAUCUCGGCAUUGGUCGGGACGGCAGGGCCAAGGAUAGCUUUGAGCGGGGAAUGGAGUUUCACGCUCGUGUCACCCUCCUUGCAGAGGGCUGUCACGGCAGCUUGACCAAGCAGGUGAUCAAGAAGUACGACCUGAGGCGCGAUAGCCAGCCGCAGACCUACGGGAUUGGAGUCAAGGAAAUCUGGGAAAUUCAACCCGAGAAGUUCAAGCCGGGCGAGAUUACACACUCCAUGGGAUACCCCCUUUCCAAGGACACUUACGGCGGCGCUUGGAUGUACCAUUUUGGCGACAACAUGGUUAGCAUUGGGUUGGUGGUCGGUCUGGACUACCCGAACCCAUGGCUAUCGCCCUAUGGCGAGUUCCAGAAGCUCAAGCAUCACCCGCUUUACAAGGAAGUUUUGGAGGGCGGAAAGUGCAUCUCGUAUGGCGCGAGGGCGCUGAACGAGGGCGGCUUCCAGUCAAUCCCGAAAUGCGCUUUUCCGGGAGGCGCCCUGAUUGGCGACAGUGCCGGGUUCUUGAACGUUCCGAAGAUCAAGGGCACCCAUUCCGCGAUGAAAUCCGCCAUGCUUGCCGCCGAAUCCGCCUAUUCGGCCCUUCAGGGUAGCUCGGAAGGCUCGGUUUUCCUGUUCGACUAUGAAGAAGCCCUGCGCAAGUCGUCGAUCUGGAAAGAGCUGUACGAGGUGCGCAACAUGCGGCCUUCUUUUAGCACUCCCCUUGGACUCUACGGUGGUAUCCUGUACUCUGGACUCGAAGCCUAUGUUCUCAAGGGUAGGGUGCCAUGGACUCUCAAGCACCACGGCACGGACGCUGCUGCCACUAAGCUGGCGUCUGAAUGCAACAAGAUUGAGUAUCCCAAGCCGGACGGGGUGAUCAGCUUCGACAUUCUCACCAGCGUCAGCCGGACGGGUACCAACCACGAGGAAGACCAGCCGGUGCACUUGCAGGUGGCCGACUGGGACAAGCACACGGAUGUCGCCUGGCCCAAGUACCAGGGUGUUGAGAACCGCUUCUGCCCAGCAGGUGUUUACGAGUACGUGGAGGAUCCCAGCAAGCAGCAUGGUGUUCGGUUCCAGAUCAACGCUCAGAACUGCAUUCACUGCAAGACCUGCGAUAUCAAGGUACCCACCCAGGAUAUCAACUGGCAGACUCCCCAAGGUGGAGAGGGCCCGAAAUACUUUAUGACCUAG